UCUGGAAGAGAGACUGGAAAGGACAAGGAAGCGGAUUCUCCCGUAUGCCUUUCAGAAAGCAGCCUAUCCCUGCUGAAACCUCGAUUUUAAUCCAAGGAAGAGUUUUGAAGAAAACUGGGCAUAGGCUCAGCAAAACCAAACAGAAGAGGAACAGAAAAAGAAACAAAAAGCAGAACAGUCAGAAUAAAAUCAUGGAGGAAAACUCAUUAGAAUUCUUCAGUGAUCUUACACCGGGAGAUCAGGACCCAUCUCAGAGUGAAGAGGAAGACACUGGAAAGACCAGAAGAGAAUCAGAAUAUCCUUUCAUUGGUGGUCUACAAAAUGAAGUCAGAGAUUUUGUGACUGGGUAUAAAGAAAAAAGAUGGAAAAAUGAAGAUCCUAAAGACAGUUUCCAAAACGUUAUGUCUAUAGUUGAAUUGGACAACACACCAAAGAAUUACCUCUCUAAGGAAGGUGAUAACUUGUUUGUAAGUUUGUCACUGAUGCCAGAUGAAACCUCUGUUACUAGUCCAAUAGUGACUCAAAACCUUUCCUGUGUAACAACCGAUGACUGCUCUGGCAUGAAGGUAGAAAAGCAUAUUAGAGAGAGGCAUACCAUAGCAUUAGACACCCAGGACCUUGCUGUGGAAACUUCAUGCUCAUUUAUGAAGAAGAAAGAAAUAGUAGAUAAAAGUCUCCCACGUGAACCCGUUUUGUGCCAUCAACGUGGAAUCAGAAUGUCAGAUAAAGUUUUAAGAGAGGAACAAGUGUAUGCAACUAAAAUCAGUCACUGGGCUUUUUUCACAACCAGUUUAUCUGAUGAAGAUUUACAGCUGGGCUCUAACAGACAGCCCUAUUUUGGUAGCUGGCCUGCAGGACCUCAUAAGUUUAUAUGUGAACAGAGACCAAAGAAAAAUAGAGCACAUAAGUUGGCUGGGCCUGACAGCAGGGGGCAAUGGAUUCAAUUGAUUUUCACUUCGGUGGCAGCAUCAGGACCAGGAAGCAGUCCAGAAAUAUUGACAGACAAACUACUGAUAAGAAAUGAAGAUUUUUCACCUCCACCUGAAACUAUAGAUUCAUUCAUAGAAACAAACCUCUUCAGAAGCUGCUUACCUCAACUGGAUAUACCAAAGAAUGCUUUAGAAUCAACAAAAAAUAAGAAAAGGAGGAAGAAAAGGAUUUUCAAUUUGGUACCAAAUUUUUACUUAUUAGGACAGAGUCAUAUCAGUGUAAAAGAAAGGGAGAAAUGUGACCUGUUAACAAAAAACCAUGGACUAAAAAUUACUCUGAGAGAAGAAAAAGAUAGAAUUUCAGAAAGGAACAGUGAAGAGGAGAAUAAGCAAAAACUUACGACCUUUGAUCAUCAUCCAUUGUGGUUUUACCUUGAUAUUAUCAAAGCUCCCCCUUUAAAUAUUGGUGGACAGUGUUAUUCUCAUUGCCUGUCAUUUAACAGACUAAGGUGCUCUGCGUCUUUAUACAAAAAUUAUAUUCCUUCUUUUGUGCUGCAUAAUAUGUCUAGUGUUUGGAAGGCAUCUUUUACAAACAAGAAACUGUUUUUGACUUUCGAAUCUCAGACAACAGUAGGUAAUAAACUAAAUGAUGCAGGGUUUAUUUCCCCAGAAAUUUUACGCAGUCAUCCUUCGUGCUCUGUGGGAGUCACUUCUGAUUUUCACUUUUUAAAUGAAAGGUUUGAUGGAAAGCUGAAAAGAUGGGAAGAACCUAAGCAAUUACCAGCUGAGGACAGCCAAGACUUAACAAGCACUAACUGUAGUUCCCUUGGGCUACCAUUAUCACAAGGGUUUGCCUUGCAACUAGUAAAGCUUUUUGGAUCUCCAGGCGUUCCAAUGGAAUCCUUGUUGCCUGAUGACUAUGUGGUUCCCCUUGACUGGAAGACACUAAAGAUGAUCUACUUGCAAUGGAAGAUGUCAGUGGAGAAAAGACAGAAGAAGAUGGUUGAAAAAUGAAAAUUCCUUGAACUUUGACUUCUGCUGUCUUCAUGGUACUGCUGAAGAUCGUGAUCAUGGAGAAAAGUCAGAGUGCCCAGUGCCAACCCAAGGGACUCUUUCCAGAGACAUACCCGUUGGACACCAAAAUUAGUUUGGAUAAUCUGUCCAACCAUUCUCGAUAAGUUAUCUGAAUAAUAAAAAAACUCAACAGAGGAGGUAACAAUUUGAACCUUUUAUUGUCUAAUUUGAAGAUGUUUACCAUACUUGAUAAUUUGAUAGAGGAAAAUAAGGCACAGAAAACUUGAGUACCUUAUUUUAAAAACUGCAUUAGGAUUAAAAGGUUAGCCCCUAUAUCAAAGUAUUGGUCUAGAAAUGAUCCCAUUUCUAGAAUUCUGAAAUCCAAAAAGCUCUGAAAAUCAAAAGUUACUUUUCCAAAUGUAUUCAUUGUGGUAAUAUACACAAAUAUAAAAUUUACCAUCUUAACUGCUUUUAAGUGUGUUAUAAAUACAUUCAUGCUACCAUCA